AUGGAUCACCAAAACAAAGGCGCCCACACGCCCAGCCGGUUCCUAUCGGUGCGCGGCCAGAGGAUGACAAGUUCAGCCGCCAGCAGUGCCGAGUCGAGCCCACCCUUUCUGUCUUGGCGACAAGCUACCACGCCCUCUCGGCCCAGCGUGGCUGGCCCUGCAAAGUCGCUGGCCACAGAUCUGUCUGGCGGUGCCCGGCUUCCACAGUACUGGCCGUCGUUUGGUGAUGCAGUUCGUCAGAAGGAAGCUGACGAUGUCGUAUUUGGCAUCCGCAAACGCACGACGGCUGCUCGUGCCACAGUCAUCGAUGGCCGACCAAUGACGCUAGUCACGCGGCCGACAUCGUUGGCACGGCGCCUCCUGUCUGAGCCGGGAGCCAGGGGAGCCGUCUCGCCAAGCUCGUCUCCCACCACCGAAGCUACGCCCGGCCAGGAGCGCCCAGGGAAACCGACGCGGCUGUCGCCCACUGCUCUGGACUGGGCUCCACGGGCAAACGCUCUCUCGCCGCGGUUGUCGUCCCUUAGCUAUGCUGAUGUGGCUAGGAUUAGAGAUCGACGCCCACCGCCCCCGCCGUUUCCCAUCUUGCGGAAGCCCAGAAGUCCUCACGCGAGUCUGGCGAGCACUGGCACGAUUGUGCGACCAGGUGCCAGCAGCAGCAACACAACCGGCAGCAGCAACGGCAGUGAGAUGGACGACGGCCGUGAUUCAGACAAAGAGAGUAAAACCACUACCCUAGAGAUCGAGGCCACCAAGACUGCUGAAAUUACCCAAGCUGAUGAGUUCACUGAGCUCACUGUGCGUAUCACGACUUCGGACGACUGUGAGACGCUCGAUACAUCUCCGUCAUGCCACGGCUUGGGCAAUGCUCUGGGCGCCGGCCUUGGCCUGCUGGGGAAGAGUGCAGACGAGGACCUUAGCAUCGGUGCCUCGGACGAUCUUUUGGUGAACCGGCACAAUGCAAAUACCGUAUUCAUGAGAUCAGACGGAGGCCGCGGGAGCCGGCCCAAAUGCCCCGGCCCCGACACACGUCCUCGCGAAUCACGCACCUGCGCGAGCACGGUGCACGCCUCCAAGAAUCACACCCACACGGCACCGACCGUUGACUAA